CUUAUCUCAUCCCCAGAAUAGAUAGGCAGAUAAUGUUGUUUAUGAUUAAAUGGAAUAGAAAAAUCGACUGUCAGUUUUAUCCAAACCUCUGAGAUGCCAACGCCACAUCGGACUAAAGAAAUCUGUCGAGCCGUGAGGCUGAAAUCUACGCAGGUCUUCAUUGUGGCCGGAACCAUUUUGAUAACAGUCUUAGUGACAUUGGUCUGCAUUGGUCUUACUACGCGCUACGAAGUGGAGAACGAGGUGGCCAAUGUGGCGGAUGUGGAUUACUGGAAGGACAGGGUCUCCGCUGUACAGAAAGUUUGGUACGACAAAGGCAUUGCCGAGCUAAACGAAGCCCUCCGAAAACCAAGGGGUCCGCUCUUCCCAAAAAACGUUUUGAUAUUUAUGGUCCAGGGUGUCGGUGGUGGCGAUUUGGCGGCUUAUAGAUUCCCAGUAAUUAGUGGAAAUAGCCAGGGGAAUACCAAUUUUCUUUGGGACACAUUUUCCCACGUGGCUCGAUUGAAAAAUAGCUGCAGUCAGCAGUCACCCUGCCAGGUGGGAAGCGUUUCGCGAGCUUUAUGGUCUGGAAUACCUCUGGAUGUGUCACUUGGAGGGGAGUCGGAUUGUUGGAUUGCCGAUAACCAGACUGAUAACUUUCUGAGUGUUGUGCGUCAGGCCCAGUUGGCUGGCUUGCGAACGGGCUUUGUGACUGACCAAAGGAUCACAGGAACCACAGGAGCUGCUCUCUACGGGAACAGUAAAUAUGAGUGCGACGAAAGAAUGCCAGUCGGAUCAAUUCAGAUGGGAUGUCAGGACAUUGCCCGCCAGUUGAUUUCCGGAGAAACCGGGAAGUCCCUGAAUGUGAUCAUGGGCGGUGGUCGCCAAAUGCUGAAUAGUCUUGUGCCGAAAACCAAAUGGGAUCUAGUGGACGAAUUGCUCUGCGAGUCAGGUGACGGGCGCAACCUUCUCAAGGAGUGGAGAUCGCAAAAACUCAGACACAGCAAAAUCGAACCCAUAAAGUUCGAAGUUGUCCAGAGAACUGAUGAACUGGAAUCUUUGAAUGCCACUAGUUUUGACUACCUUAUGGGUGUAUUCGCGAAUGGUGACUUGAGUGGAAACCCAAGAGCCCCUAGUCUUACGCUAAUGGUGGAAAAAUCGUUGAAAGUUCUAAAAAGAAAUAAGCAGGGAUACUUUCUUCUUGUGGAGCACUUUAUUAAGUCUGGGAUGGAUAAGCGAAUGCAACUGGAACUUUUAAAUGAAACUUUGAGCAAUCUUCAGUCAGAAGAGGAUACCCUAACUUUAGUCCUUGUAACCAACGCCAUCUAUCCAAAACCUAGCCUGGAUGUCAGCGAGGAGACGGAGACAAUCAGUCAUUUGUCAGAAUUCUUCGGAGAAGAUGAAAUAGAAAUCCAAAGGAGGCUUUAUCAAAUGCCAACGGACAGUUUGGUGUUUGCCAAAGGACCCAAGUCUUCUUUGUUUUAUGGAGUUCAAAAAGAGACCUUCUUGGCACAUUCUUUGGCUUAUGUUCUUAGCAGAAGUAAGGAUGGUUAAGUCCUCCUUCAGAUGAAACUUAAAAUAUUGAUCCCCACAACAACUCUUUAAAAACUCCCCCCAACCCCAAUAAAUUCUAUUUUCUUAAUUUUUUAAUUAAUAUAUUAAACUUUAACUAGA